GCGCACGCAACCCUCCAUCCUCAGACCGUCGGACGCUGACAUCCACCCCGUCUGCAUCUCCGCCCGUAUAAACACCCGGAAUGUCGCUCCCAACGCCCUUCAUAACGUAACCCACGGCCUCCUCAAUUUGCUGGAUAGUUGCGUGCAACGUUUCCAUUAAGACUGCACAAACUUUCUCCCGUAUCCCUGCACUAAGCUCCGCCCGCAAAUUCGGUUGCAUUCCAGCCCGCAAAUCUCCUCCUGCUUCGUCGAUGGAGCCAUCAAUGUUGCGUAUAUGACCGGUAACGAUAAUCAACAUGUUCACAAGGUAUGCAGUUGUGACUGGAGCAAACAAAGGAAUUGGAUUGGAGGUAGUAAGGCAAUUGGCUUCAAAUGGAGUGAAGGUUGUGUUGACUUCAAGAGAUGAGAAGAGAGGCCUUCAUGCUUUGGAAACCCUCAAAGAUCUCUCUGAUUUUGUGUUCUUUCACCAGCUUGAUGUUGCUGAUCCUGCAAGUGUUGCUUCUCUUGCAGAUUUCAUCAAAUCCAAAUUUGGCAAACUUGAUAUUCUGGUUAACAACGCAGGGAUUAGUGGACUUGUAAUUACAGACAACGAUUUAAUCGUUUCAGUAAUAUUGACACCCCAGGAUUUAUCUGAAGAAGAACUAGAAAAAGCAAGGAUUGAAACAUAUGAAUUAGGCGAAGAAUGUUUGCAAAUAAAUUAUUACGGUUCUAAAAGAACGACUGAAUCUCUUCUUCCCCUCCUCCAGUUAUCUGAUUCACCAACAAUUGUGAACGUGUCAUCUUCCUUGGGAAUAUUAGAGCGUAUAUCAAACAAAUGGGGCAAAGGGGUGUUAAGUGAUGCCGAAAACCUUACUGAAGAGAGAGUGGAUGUGGUGUUAAAUGAGUUUAUGAAAGAUUUCAAAGAAGGGUCAUUAAAAGACAAAGGCUGGCCUACGGUUUUUGGUGCCUACACUCUGUCCAAAGCUGCUAUGAAUGCCUAUACAAGAAUUCUUGCCAAAAUGUUGCCUACUUUUUGCAUCAAUUGUCUUUGUCCUGGUUAUAUUAAGACUGAUAUCACUGCAAAUACUGGCUUUUAUACGGUGGAAGAAGGUGCUGCUAAUGUUGUGAGAUUAGCUUUACUUCCAAAUGGUAGUCCUUCUGGUCUUUUUUAUAACAGGAGUGAAGUGCAUUCCUAUUAAGUCAUAUACUAUUCUGCAUAGAUGAUCAUUACUUCUCGUUCAAGACUUUAGACAUGUAAUAAUUUACUCUUAUGUGACAUUGGGUAAUGUUUAUUUCGUUAAUAAAGUAAUAAAUUAUGAUGUUAUUUGCAA